AUGCUCGGCCUCGACGGCCUGGCUUCGGCGGCGGCAUCGCCCUCUGCCACCACCGAGGCGCGCAUGAAUACGCCCUCAGUCCCAGCCGCUUGUCUUGCUUGCCGUGGCAAGCACCUUAAGUGUGAUGGCCAGACCCCUUGCUCUCGCUGCACCAGCUCCAACACUGACUGUGUCUACGUCGCAUCCCGCCGCGGUUACAAAGGCCCGCGUCGAGGAACUGCCCGCAACCCCAACAAGCGUCGUGCCUCGUCACCCGCUCGUGAGUCUUCCUCAAGCGUCGAAGGUGGCCCCAUGAUGCUCGGCUGCAGCAGCGGCGGUGCCAUGUCAUCUUCUAUCGCCUCCUCCUUCAACCCCAGCAUCGUCCUCCCAGAGAACAGCCCCGGCUCGCCCUUUAUUGCCGCCGCCCCUUCUCCCAACUGCAACGCCAUCUACCAGUCAUAUGGUGGCACGGUGGACACUUCCAACCUGAUCCUCACUCACCACAGUACCAAUGUGCCCGCCCAGGUACCAGUGCCUACCCCCAGCGAGCGAUGCCUGGACUCCUUUUACCACCACUUUCACGCCGCGCACCCCUUUGUGUUGCCCAAGGAAUAUCUCCUUCGGAUAGCUAAGGAGGGUGCCAUUGCGCCUCUCCUGGCCGCUACACGCUGGCUUGGCUCGCUUUACAUCGAAGCUGGCCCAACCCGAGCAAGCUUCUUCGAGGAGGCUUAUCGCCUCGCCUACGAGCCUGGCCGUCCCAAGGAUGGUUUCCUCGUCCAGGCCAUGCUGCUUCUUAUCAUUGGACUUGAUGGAAGCUGCCAGCAGGAAAAGGCACGGGAGAUUCUUGCUGAUGUCGAGCGCAUCUCUGUUCAGAUCGGCCUCAAUACUCGACCAUUUGCUUCCCUCAAUGGCCGAGGCAACCCGGUGCUCGAGGAGAGUUGGCGGAGAACCUGGUGGGACCUAUAUGUCGUCGACGCCAUGAUUGCAGGAGUCCACCGUACUACCAACUUCCUUCUCUUCGACGUUGCUGCCGACGUCGCUUUGCCGUGUGAAGAGUACCAGUACCUCUCAGGCCACAUACCUCAAUCACUGUACCUUGAGGAUAUGGAAGACUGCGACUUUUCAGGCGAAGAUCGGGAGUUCUCAUCAUUUGCCUAUCGCAUCCAGUGCGCUCGCAACCUGGGAAAGUUCAUGAGAGUCCCUCCCAUCUUCGGACCUGAGGAUGAGAACCUCAGUCGCAUCGAAGCACUCCUCACCAACUGGCGACUACAUCUGCCCGAGGCCAAGCGCGACGCAAUCUAUAAGGAUGGCAGACUGGACGAAAUGAUGUUCCAAGCACACAUGAUGAUGCAUGCGACUUCUAUCCUCCUCCACCAGCCUCACUCACAACUGGACUCUUCGCCGACUCGAUCAGUCAAUUCAUGCGCACCGCAUGCAUCAGUUCCAUCGGGUGACUCUUUCAACGCCCACACCAAGCACACCAUCCAGGCCGCCAACGAGAUCAGCAAGUUGGUUACACAUCGCGUGCCGCUGCUGUCACACUCACACUUCUUCGCUUGUGUCGUGACCCUCUCGUCGAUUGUGCACCUUAGCAAGUGGGCGCUCUUCUUCGUCCCUCACAAUGACGACAACCUCCGUCAGCAGAUCCGCCUGAACAUUGGAGCUCUAGCAAAGCUAUCUCAAGUGUGGACCUGUGCCGACCGGGCAAGUGGCCAAGUCAAGGGGGUUGCUCAGGAGGUGUACCGUGUGAAGAAGCAAUCGCAACUCACGCCUCAGUACUGGCUUGGCCUAACCCAAGAGGAGGUGAUGAACAGCAUCGCGACUGAUGAGUCCAUCAUCAGUGAGAUCGAGAAUAUGCACAACAUCCCGACUAUGCCAAACCUAAUGGGCUGA